AUGGCGAGGUGGAAUCGUCUGAUCUCUUGGGGCCUUCUCUUAAUCUUCCUUCAGGCGGCUCUUGCUCAAGCUUUGGUGCCCGUCAGACGUCAAGAAAGCGGGACUACUACAGCAGCCGUUGCCUCUUCUACUUUGUCACGAAGCGCACAAGAUGCUGAAAGUACUACAUCGCCGGCAUCUUCACUAAGGACAGCUGCAGUCACUACCACCGAGUCACCUUCUGCUUCCGCUACAGUCUCCAGUCCUCCCAUCAUCCCAACUACUGGCAGCACCUCUGGAAACUCAAGCCUUGACAAUUCUACCAUGCUGGCAGGAGAGUUACCUAUUGAGCCAAAGGUCACACCAGGCUGGGCUGUCGCUGGUGUCAUCUUGCUCUGCACCGGGGUCAUCUACAGCUUGAUUGGUAUCAAGAAUACAGUCUUGCACACUGCCUUCUCCGUUGCGUACGUCGUCGCCUUGGGUAUCACAGUCUUGGUCGUCUAUGUCAUGGUCAUUCCAGUGUCCAGCGGAUCCCAAGGAGCCUAUGUCGUCGCAGCAGUUUUACCGGCCGUCGCAGUUGGCGUUCUCGCUUCCUGGUUCUUCAAAGAAAUUACGGAAUGCCUGGGAUGUGCUCUCGGCGGAUUUUGCUUUUCAAUGUGGCUGCUUUGCGUCCACGAGGGCGGCCUGCUUACGGGAGUCGGCAAAGUCAUUUUCAUCAUUGUUUUCUCACUAGCAGGCUUUGCAUUGUACUUCAGCCGAUGGACUCGGGACUGGGCGCUCAUGUGUACGAUCGCCUUCAGUGGUGCCACGGCAACUGUGCUCGGAAUCGACUGCUUCAGCCGGGCUGGGCUGAAGGAGUUUUGGGCGUACAUUUGGGACCUGAACGACAACCUCUUCCCUCAAGACACCAACACGUACCCGCUAACAAAGGGCAUUCGCGUUGAGAUUGCCGCUAUAAUUGUAAUCACUGUUAUCGGCGUCAUUUCUCAGAAGAGAUUGUGGAACGUCAUCAAGGACAAACGUACGAAGCGGGAAGAGGAAAUGGCCGAGGCGCAGCGUGCCCGUGAUGACGAAGAGGCCAACAUUGGACGAGAGCUCGAGGCUCGCACCGCUUUAGAGCGACGGGCGUGGGAGAGAGCGCACGGAGAUUACACACCAGACAGCGAUGAUCACGACUCCGGCUUUGCUCGCGACAGCGAGAGCGAGAAGGCUAUUCGAUACAGCCAGAGCACCGCUACUCCUCGAUCACACGCCCCUCCCGUGGCUGAAAUGCAAGGGUCGGAUGUUUCUCCCGCUGUUCCCUCAAAGCCAGAGUCUCCAGGUCUGAUGGUUUCCGAAAAGGAGAAAGAAGUCGUUGUGACAUUACGCGUCGCUCCGGAUGAAACUCACAGAGAACCCGUUGCUGCGGACAACGUCACUGGUCCUACUGUUGUUCAGAGCGUGCAAGAGGUGGCACCGGUUCCUGAAGUGGUACCUUUGCCAUUCAGAUUCCCUGAUGAGGAGGCUCUAGCCAGAGACAAAGAGGAGCGGUCCACGAUCGCAACUUUUGCCGACGAUGAUGAAGAGAUUCAGGCAGGCGUCGGCAGCAAGAGGAGUUCCUUUGCGAAGCGACUCUCUCAGAGCUCGGUACAGCUGAUGCGGAGGGUUUCUCAGCGGACAUCGAUGUCGCAUCGUAAGGAAGAUGACGGUGAUGAGGAGCUGGCGGUGCUUCAACGUCCAAGGGACGACGACGCUGUGUCUCUCGCGGCAACUGUUGACACUCAGAGCGACAGCGGCGCCGGAUCUGUGAACGGUGGUCACCGUCGCAGUAUUGAGAUCAACGCACAGCUCUCUGGAGAGCAACAGUCGAGCAUCAAGCCGGAGACUACUACAUCAGCAUCGGCAUCUCGACAGAGCGUCACCGAUGGAGACUCCGUUAGACCAGUGUCAGCCAUGACGGCUGUCACUGACAUGCCAGCCCAGCCUCUGGCCAAGGAUGCGACUCCUGCUGCUGUCGAAGAGAGGGCGCCGGAAACCGCAAUCGGUGAUGUUGCUCAAGAAAACAGCUCGGUGAAGCUGUCUGAGUCGGGCGAGAGUCGACAAGUCCCCGUCCCUUCUCAGCAAGCCAAAUCAACAGCCUCGCUUCGUUCCACGCCUCUGAAUCUUACCCAAGAGCGUCUGCCGCCCAGCUUCUCCAACGUUGCGCUACACUACCGCACAAACGAAUGGGCAAAGCACCUUAGCCACGCCGACGCACCCGAGCCUGAGAUCUUAAAGGUCGGAGACGACAGACCGCAGACCCGGGAAGCCCCAGCUCCUGUGCACGUCGAUGAGCUUAAGCAGACGGCCUUGUCUGCCACGCCUGCGCCUGCAUCAACUCCUUCGAGAUCGCCCGCUCCCGUCGCGACACCUCCGCCGGCCUUGACUCGACCCAAGUCAACCCAGUCACCGAACCGUGGCCACUCUAGAAGCAGCUCGUACCAGUCACAUCGCCGUGCUUCGAGCAAGACGCAGUUCGAGCCCAUCGCCGAGGAAGAGCAACAGGCGCUCUCUAGAGCUGCGAGCACAAGAAGCGGCGCCUCUGGCAUCGCUAACUCAGCAACAGCUCCAGCUGUCUUUGUUCCCCCGCCGCCGCCACCCGGCAUCAUGUCUUACGACAGCCCCCAGAGCUUGAUCGCACAGAGAAGCGUCGCUCUGCGCAACAAGACGUACGGAAUUCUGACUGGAGCCAACAACACGCCUGAGAUAUCUGCCGCCUCCUACAGACCACCCAGCGAAACCGGCUCCAUGUACAACUACCCCGUCUACCCGUCACAGAUGCCGCCAGUCUCCCUGGACGACCUCCCAUUGAGCCAGCGCAGGGAAAUUAUCCGUCGCCAGAGCAGUUCCGGCACAAUGCGAUCCUCCCUCGAAGGCUCCAGGUCAGCCAGCGGCUCUUACGUACCCAGCGUUUCCGCCGACAACCUCGCCUUCGACUCUCAUCAGCCCAUGCGUUACUCCAACGUUCCCUCGCAAGACGCCCGUGACGCCCGGCUCGCGAGCUUCCGAGACUCGGUCCGCGCCGAUCUCCGCGCCGGUACGGCGUCCCCCGCUCCCGCCGCCAAUGGCCGCGACAUGGCGCUGAGCAUGUUCCGGUCGCCAAGCGCGUCGAACCUGGCGGCUAGCCAGGCCGCCGCGCGCGAGGCCGAGGUGCAGAGGAACAUUGACCUGCAGCGGAGCUUCAUGAUGAGCCAGAAGGAGGCGGAGGCGAAGCGCAAGGAGAAGGCGAGGAUCGAUAAGGAGAGGUCCGAUCAGGCUUUCACGAGGAGCAUGCAGAGCGGGGAGAUGUUUGAGUUGCACCGCGAGGCGAUGCGAUGCUUGAGUCUUGGACGAAUCCCACCUUCGGACGACACCGAUGUCGGGGUUCUCACCGCGCCCACGCCUACGCCGCCCGGGUAUAACCCGGCCCCGCCCUCGCGACGCGAAACCAACGACUCAAAACGCAAGACUGCGAGUGACCUGGGCGUUGGCGUCAUCCAUUCUCUUUUCCUUGCAAAUCACCUAAUCUUUGUCUGCGGAGGAAGACUUGUCCGGCACGGUUUGGGAAGAAUCGGUCAGAGAUACGGAGGUCCUCCGGUCCCGCCACCGUAUUUCAAUAAUCCAACUAUCUCAAGGGAAUUCCACCUUCGCGCCCCCCGUCCCGACGACACAUACACCUCCGAUGUCUCAUUCGGCCUGAGCCGGCGCGAGAGAAGUGUGCGUAUUUCUCAGACAGCCAUGGUCGGCCCCGUGGACGCCCGCGACGAGAGCGGAAAGCCUCAGUCGGCGACGUCGACAUGGACGCGCAUGCGGAUCAAGGCGGUCAAGAUCUUCAAGCUCGUCUUGGCACAGUGGCUCGUUAUCGGGUUCGCUCUCAGCUGUGUUUUUGCGUAUUUUUUCCCGAAUGUCGCGGCUAGAGGUGGACCGAUUAGGUCAGAGUACACCAUCAUCUACGGCGGCAUCGCCAUCAUCUUCCUCGUCAGCGGCUUGCAGCUCUCGCAUACGAAGCUGAGGCAGAAUGUAGCCAACUGGCGGUUACAUAUUAUCGUCCAGGGGAUUAGCUUUAUUGUGAUUCCCGUGAUACUACUAAUCAUCGUCCACAUCAUCAUAGCAGCAGGCGGCCUCCGCACCCAAGCCCUCGCAACCCCCAUCAUCGUAGGCAUGGUCGUCGCCUCCUGCCUCCCGACGACAAUCGCCUCCAACGUCGUCAUGACCCGCGCCUCGGGCGGCGACGACGCAGCCGCCAUCAUCGAGGUCGUCAUCGGCAACGUGCUGGGCAGUUUCAUUUCCCCGGGGCUCAUUUACGGAUUCAUCCCCAAGACGCCCGAGUUUGCCGACUGGCAGCCCGCGAACCCGAGUACCCUGGGCGCCAUGUACGCGAAUGUCCUGAAGCAGCUGGGUUUGAGCGUGUUGUUGCCGUUGGCUGUGGGACAGGUUGUGAGGUGGUUUUGGGAGAAGAAGGUCGAUUGGGCGCUGAGGACGUUUUAUCUUGCCAAGGUGUCGACGUUUUGUCUGAUUUUGCUUGUCUGGACAACAUUCUCAGCAGCCUUCAAAACAGGCGCCCUCUACGUAACCCCCCACCCCUCCAUAAUCUUCAACGUCUUCAUGAACGUCGCCCUCUACGCCCUCUUCACCCUCAUCUGCUUCUACGCCGCCCGCCCCCCCUUAGCGCUCUGCAACGCAAUCAAUCCUCGUCUCGCCGAUUCCCGCCCCUUACAGUCCCGCUGGGUACCCAACUUCCUCCGACGCGCUGUCACGGUUCAACAGUUACCGAGAGAGCAGGUGAUUGCCGUCUGCUUCUGCGGCGCGGCCAAGACAACGUCGUUGGGAAUCCCGCUGGCGACGGCUAUGUGGACGCAGUCGGAUGAUUUGACGAGGGCGUUGAUUCAGAUUCCAGUGUUGUUGUAUACCAUCGAGCAGGUUUUCAUGGCGCAGAUUUUGGUGUACGUAUUCAAGUGGUAUUUGAGGAGGGCUGCUAAGGCUGAGGGGGAUGAAGAGGGGGGCAGUGUUGGGUCUGGGGUUACAAGUGUGGCUGGGCAAGGGAGGGGGGAGGAAGAGGGGGGUCGGUCAUCUAGGAAGUCAAUUGGUGAGAGGGAUGAUGAGAAGAAGGGCGGAGAAGUCAGGGACGGGAGUAAUGUAGUGCCCGUCAAGACCAUUCCUGAGAAAUAA